UUAUUUUCUUUUUGCUGUCAAUAAUUAACAAAUGUAAACACAGAUUAUUAAAAUGGUCAGAAAACAUAAUAAUCAGCUCCCAGAAAACCUACCACAGCUACAGAAUCUAAUAAAAAGAGACUCAGCGUCUUACCAUGAAGAAUUCUUACAGCAACACCAGCAUUUUCAAAACACACUGGAGCUGUUUCAACUGUCCCCCGACCAGCCCAACAAAACCUUAGAUGAACUGGUAAUGUUUAUGGCCCAAGUGGCCCACUGCUACCCUAAAGAACUCGAAAAGUUUCCGCAGCAGCUCAUUGAUCUAAUGCAAAAACACAAUACAGUCCUAGACAACUCUAUUAGAAUGAAUUUAUGUAAAGCACUGAUCCUGUUGCGGAACAAAAAUUUACUGGCUCCCACUGAUCUCUUGGAGUUGUUUUUUCAACUUUUACGGUGUCAAGAUAAGUCCUUGAGGCAGUUCUUAGAGACCCAUAUCAUUACAGAUAUUAAAAAUCUAAAUUUGAAGCAUAAAAAUGCUAAACUUAACACCACUCUGCAGAAUUUUAUGUUUACAAUGCUAAAGGAUACUAAUGCUAGGGCUGCCAAGAUGUCUGUUGAUAUUAUGAUUGAAUUAUAUAAGAAGAAUGUUUGGAAUGAUGCUAAAACUGUUAAUGUUAUUGCCACUGGUUGUUUUUCAAAAGUUAUGAAGGUUAUGGUAGCUUCACUGAAAUUUUUCCUGGGCAAAGAUGAGAAUGAGAAAGACUCAGACAACUCAGACUCAGAAGACGAAGUGGACCCCAAAGAAGUUAUGAUGGCAAACAAAGUGAAUAAAAAAACUAGAAAAAGGGCAAAAGAACUCACUAAAGUGAAAAAACUGGCUGCCAAAGCUUACAAGAAAAAGAGCCAAGCUGUGGCAUUUAAUUUCAGUGCUAUUCACUUGUUACAUGACCCUCAAGGUAUGGCUGAAAAGUUAUUUCAGCAAAUUGAGUCCAGCAACUAUCGCUUUGAAGUGAAACUAAUGACCCUAGAUGUUAUAUCCAGGCUAAUAGGGCUUCAUAAUUUAUUUUUAUUCAACUACUACUCAUAUAUUCAAAGAUUCAUGCAGCCCCAUCAGAGAGAAGUCACUAGAAUUCUCCAGUUUGCUGCUCAAGCCAGCCAUGAAUUGGUACCACCAGAUGUAAUAGAACCCCUAUUAAAAACCCUUGCAAACAACUUUAUUACAGAAAGGAACUCUUCUGAUGUGAUGGCAAUAGGUUUAAAUGCAGUUAAAGAAAUAUGCACCAGAUGUCCCUUGAGUAUAAAUGAGGAUUUGCUAAGAGAUCUUGCUCAAUAUAAAACUUACAAAGAAAAAUCAGUGAUGAUGGCUGCAAGAAGUUUAAUUCAGUUAUUUAGGAAUUUAAGACCAGAAUUGCUGCACAAAAAAGAUAGAGGAAGACCCACUGAGGCCACAGAUGAAAUUGAAAAGUUGGACUAUGGUAAACUGCAGGCUAAGGACUAUGUGCCUGGUGCUGAGAUUCUUAUGAGUGAAGAAAAGGAAGAGAUGGACAUAAAUAUUAAUAGUGAGUCAGAAAGUGAUGAUGAGCAAUGGAUUGAUGUGCAGCAUAGUGAUAAGGAGGAUGCUGACAGUUCUGAGGAUGAAGAAGCAGAGGAGGAGGAGGAGGAUGAUGAUAAUGAUGUUGGUUCAGAAGAAGAAAAAAAAGGAGAACCAAGAAAGAUCCUAAAAGCAAAAAGGACCAAAACAGAUAUAUUAGAAGACAAAAAAGCUCUUGCACAAAAAGUAACCAUUGAAAGACUGUUGACUGAUGAGGACUUUAAGAGAAUUGAUAUGGCAAACGUACAGAAACAGAUGCAAAGCACUACAAAAGGGCAAAAAAGGAAACUAGAGGAAACCACUGCAAAGCACAAAGAUGAACUGGUGAAACUCAGUGACAUAGAGAAUAUUUACAAGAAGAAGAAGCACGAUAAACAAACUAGAUUGGAGGCCGUAAAAAAGGGUCAGGAAGGAAGGGAGAAGUUCGGUUAUAAAGAUGGCAGGCUGAACAUCCACUGCUCAAAAACAAACAGGGAAAAGAGGAAAAAGAAGAAUUACCAAAUGAUCAAACAUAAGGUGCAAGGGAAGGUCAAAAGGAGUUUUAAGGAUAAACAAAUUGCCUUGAGGAAUCAUUUGUUGAAGUUGAAAAAGAUGAAAUGAUUUUUAAGGAUGUCAAUAGUUGUUAUCUUUUAAUAUAAGUUUUUUGGCACAGA